GCUGAUAACCCACCACUGAAUCUCCAACAAACCAGAAAAAAACCCACCAACCUGUAUUUGCACUUGGAAACUGGCCAAAGGCUUUUCUCUGUCAUUGCCAUCCCUCCUCACUUCUGGAAUUAGGAUAAAAAACAGUACUUUUGGCUAAACCCAGCCGAACAAAUCCUGGUUUGCUGUAAUUAACCAUACAGAUAAGAAGGCUCUGAAGUAAUCAGUGCAGAGUACAUUUUUCUUUUGAAAAAAAUAAUCUAUCUUUCCAUCAGCAGACCUCUGUGGUUUCUUCACCCCCUUAUCCACUGCACGAAUGAAGACCAGCUAUGACAGAGACAAGCCAUCCAAAUCUCAGACUGUCAAAGCAAAUGAGACAAUUCCCUCCCAUCGCCCCAAGAAUGCCAACCACCAUGAAAAACAAACCACUCAAAGCGUAUCAAAAGCUCAUCCCAGGAACCACAGAGAAAACGCAAUGCAAUCCCGAGCAGAAAAUGUCUUGCCUGGCUGGAGGGGAGCUCAGAUGUCAGAUGUUUGUAAUGGCAACUUUCCCCUGGAACAUGUUUCUGAAGAAACUGGCUACAAGACCUCAGAGAAACUGUCUCACCAGGUCACUAACGUGAACAGGAACAAGGAGGGGGGGCUAAAGAAAGUCCCAACUACACAAAAAGUCAGAGAUGAGCCCAAGGAUUCCACCUCCAAGGCUGUUUUCACAUUUUGGGCCAACAAAGUUAACAACAGCAGCAAAACGACUACCUUCCAAAAGCCACUGCAGAAGUCAUCCAUGACAGCGAGAAGCUCAUUUCCAGCCCUCCUUCCCAAUGAAGCGCUAAGCAGCUUGAAAGAAGAGAAGCAGGCUAAAAAAUCCCAGAGAAAGACCAGGAGACAUCUCUUCUCUGACUCGAAUGUUUUCAGCCACGUAGACGCCCACGUCCUACAUGUGAGCCAGCAGCUGAAGCCUGGGCACGCCGGGUUGUCCAUCCAGGCCAUCGUCCCCCUGAUCACGGCCAAAUCCCAGAGCAAACUGGAGACAGUGCGGGCAAUCUGGUUCUGGCUCUGCCACAACAUCGAAUAUGAUGUGGAUGGCUUCUUGGGGCUGUCUCAGAAGAUCCACAUGCCGGAGCAGGUCCUACAAACGGGGAGGGCUGUGUGUUCCGGUUAUGCCCAUUUAUGCCAGGAAAUGUGCAGGGAGGCGGGUUUGAGCUGCGUGGAGGUCCCGGGGUUUGGCCGGAGCCCAUGCUCCCGGGGAGGCCGGUGGUGCCAGCAGCAGAAGAGCAGCCACAUGUGGAACGCGGUGGAGCUGGAAGGACAGUGGUGCCUCCUGGAUGCUUGCUGGGGUGCAGGGACCGUGGAUGCAGAGAGCAGGUUGUUCCUGCCCAGGCAUGAUGAUUUUUUCUUCCUCACUGACCCCGAGCACUUCAUCGAGACCCACUGGCCAGAGGACCCCCAAUGGCAGCUCCUGCAGCCCCCCGUCUCACGGGAAGACUUUGAGCAGAGAGUUUUUAAAACUUCAGAGUUUUUCAGGCUUCAGCUCUCCCUCCUUUCUCCAAACACUUCCCUCCUCAAAACAGCCCAUGGGGAGGUAUCAGUGAUGCUGGGGACCACCCAUCCAACAGAGUUCACCUACCAGCUUUCCAAACUCCAGGGUACCACAACCGGAGAGGAUGUAGGAGCAGUUCAUGGGAUGAUGACUGUGUCUGAGAACAACGUGACCAUCAAGGUGACUCCACCAACCAAGGGCUUGUUCGACCUCAUGAUCUUCGCGCGCCACGCUGACUCUCAGGACCCUUACAACUGGGUGUGCUCCUACCAGAUCCAAUGUCUGGAACCACACAAUGGAGAGAAACUGCCUGAAAACCCGUUUCAUUUCUGGGGUCUUCAUCAAAAGGUGAGAGAUUUCGGUAUCAGGGAGAGCAACCACAAAGAGGAGAUGCUUGUUGCUCCACAGGGAACUUUGCUCUUGACUCUCCAGACAUCCCAACGCUUGCUUGCCACGUAUGAGCUGGUUAAUAAAGAUUUAGAUGCCGUUCUGAGCAAGAAAUGCCUGGCUGCUCAAGCUGAGGAGGAGAAGCUGAGUUGCCACGUGCUCUGUCCUUUCCAGGGUUAUUACCGGCUGUCUGUGUUUGUGAAGGAUUUAGGAGGGAACACCUUCAGGAAUGCGGCCAAUUUCCUCAUUCAUUGUUUGAAGCCCGUCAACCAGAACGAACUCUUCCCCUCAGGGCUGAGCAUCCACUGCGGGAGCGGAAUCAGCUCCAGCAGCCAUGGCCUCUCCAACCCCAGCCACACUUCCCCCAUCAUCACCACCAAGGUGGGAAAGUGCAACAUCACCUUCCACACACUCACCGAUGUUGAGGUGAUGGCCAACCUGAGUAAGGACAAAGUCAUCAACGCCAAGUUCCCCUUGGAGAGGUACGUCCUGGUCACGCACCUGAGGACCAAAGUCAGCGUGUGCGUUGUGCUCCCUGAGUCGGGCAUCUACAAAGUGGCGCUUUUUGGGAGAUGCGAGGACCAGCAGGACUUUGUCCACAUUUGUGACUAUGUUAUACGCUGCUUCUCCGACCCCAGCUGGCCUCCCUUCCCCAGGGUGUACAGCCUGUGGAGAAGAGGCUGCGUGUUGCUAGAACCGCGCACAGGGGUGCUCCAAGAGCAGAGCUGGGUCCGGUUUAGGGUCAAGGUGCCCAAAGCCUGCCAGGUUGUCGUCCUCGGGCAGGAGAAGAUGGUGCUGCAGCAAACCCCGAACGCGGUCUGGGAAGGGGAUGUGUUCACCGGGGUCGAAGGGACUCAGGUCAAGCUGGCAGCCAAGUUCAGCCAGCUCUGCUCCUCCAUGGAGGUCAUCCUGGCGUUCGAGGUGGAGGGUGGCUCACCUGCCACCAUGGGGUGUUCAGGUUAA